AUGACGACGUCAGAUCUACAGCAAGUAGCGCUGGCAGCCGGAAGAGGCCAGGGCUCAAGAAGUCCGUGUCCUUCUCUCUCCUACCUAGUGACGAUGAUAGAAGUUCUAUCUAUCCGGUCGGGUAAGAUAAACUACAGCGACACAGAGAGUGAAGACGAAGGGACGACAAAGAAAAAUGCACAAAAUAAUAAUAAUUCCAAAACUGCGCCUAAAGCUAACGGAAACGCAGCAACUAACGGAAAGCCACCGCCUUCAGAUGAAUCAACUGAGGAGGAAGAAGAGGAAGAGCCAUCUGUGCCAAAAGUAACUAUAACGCCCAGAACUGACGCUAACACAAAAGCGUCCACUAACAACAAAGGCAGUGCUGUCAAAACGCCCCCAAAACCCGGCGACACGAAAACUCAACAAGCAACAAAUGCAGCAAAUUCUCAAAAUUCAGCCCAGAAACCCGCUACAGCAUCGAAGGCACCCCCUUCUAAAGCAGUGCAGUCAAAUACCACAAAUGGUAAGCCACAGGCUGCCAAAGUGGAAGAGAGCGAUGAUGACGACACCCCAACACCCACGCCACCCAAAACGUCCAAGCCGCCACCUAGUGACACUGAGGACGAAAAAUCUAUCCAAGGUAGAAACCGCUUAUAUAGUGAUAGUGAAGAAAGCGAAGACGACCAACCCACCGCAAAGCCAACCAGUGCCCAAUACGAGACCGAUGAGGAGGAAGAAACAGAGGAGGAGACGGAUGACGAGGACGAAGAUGAAAAUGCUGACAACCACAGGCAGGCGCAGGAAAAUAUUGUCACCGCAGUAUCUAUUACAGGUACUUCUGAAAAAGAAGAGAAAGAGACAGCGACCGUUACUGUUAAUAACGCGAGUCAAAAAAAAGUUGCCACAAACAGUGCCGCUCCAAAACAAGGCACAACUGUAUCGGCCGCCCAAAAACAAGGCACAACUUUAUCCACCGCCCAAAAACAAGGCACAACUGUAUCCACUGCCCAAAAACAAGGGACAACUGUAUCCAACGCCCAGAAACAAGGCGCAACUGUAUCCAUAGCUCAAAAGCAAGGUACAACUGUAUCUGCAGCUCCAAAGCAAGGCACAACUGUAUCCACCGCCCAAAAGCAAGGCACAACUGUAUCCACUGCUCAAAAGCAAGGUACAACUGUAUCAGCAGCUCCAAAGCAAGGCACAACUGUAUCCGCAGCUCAAAAGCAAGGCACAACUGUAUCUGCAGCUCAAAAGCAAGGUACAACUGUAUCAGUCGCCCAAAAACAAGGAACAAAUGUCUCUAACAAAAUCGGAACACAGAAACAAGGCACAACACUAUCCGUUAACAACUCAACAUUGAAAAAUGUCCCACCUGGAACACAGAAACAGAAUACGACAGUGAGCAAUGCCGCCCAGAAACAAUCUACAACAGUUAGUAACGCAACCCCCAAACCACAAGGUCCAUCUGCGUUGGCACCAAAUAAUACUCCAAAGCAGGCCACAUCUCCCAACAACACAGCAACGAAACCAAUAAUUGAAACUGCAAAAGCUGAAGAGGAGGAGGAAGAGGAAGAAGAAGAGUCAUCAGAGUACGAAACUGAUGAAGACGAGGAAGAAACUGAUGAAGACGCAGAUGAUGUGCCUUCACAGGAAAAUAUUGUAACUGCAGUGUCAAUCACAAAAGAAUCUGAGGAGAAAAAGGAAGUGAUAGCCACGUCAACAAGUAAAAGCGAUAUCACGGCAAAAAAGAGUGACGAAAAGACAGAGAAGAAUGAGGUGCAAACAUCUGCAGCUACGACAAACACGAGCAGCGUAUCUGCGGGUAUAACGGCGUCCACAACAACAACCACAGUUACAGAAGUUACAAAACAGGCCACGUCAAAUCCAUCUACAACUGCGACAGUAUCAACCGCUACAUCAGUUACAGCGACAACAGUAGAUACAUCAAAAUCAUCUGUAACAACAGCAACGGCAGCAGUUACAACAGCCACAACAGCACCAGUUACAGCAGCAACCACAGCAACAGUUACAUCGAGUGAAACUUCAUCAUCAGCUUCAGCAGCAGUGACAGCGACAACAGUUACAACAACAACUACAACAGUGACAUCAUCAGCAACGUCAUCAUCAGCUACAUCAGCAGCAGUAACAAUAGCAACAACAGUUACAACAACAAAGUCAUCAGCGACGUCAACAGUAACUUCUUCAGCAGCAUCAGCACCAGUUACAGCAACAGCAACGACAGUUGCAACUACAACAGCAACCAAAAAUGUAACAACAAUAUCAGAAAAUUCAUCAACCACGGUUUCCCAAGCAGUAGUGAAGAUAGAAACAAAUGACAAAUUAAUGUCAUCGUCGACAUCAAAAGCCGCUUCGCCUCCAGUCUCUGAGAAAAAGCCUGAUUCAGCCAUUCAACCUUCUCCCCAACCACUUACUGCCGUCACAAUACCGCUUGAGACAAGUGCUACGGUUGGUGCGGCAGCUUCAGGUAACAAUGUCCCAGCAACACAGGAGAAUGGAUCAAACGAAAACAAAGCAGCAGAUGAAGCACCGAGUACAAUUAUCAAACAAGAAAGCCAUGGAGCAGGGCAAGCGAAACCCACUGAACCAGUAACACCCGCAUCCCUGCAGUUGCCAGUGGACGCCGAACCCUCUCCUCAGAAGUCGCCAACUGCCAGCUCUCUGCUGGUUCCCCAAGACAACCCUUCCUCCAAGCCUUCCUCCCCAGUCCCUCGAGCCAGCCCCACCACAGGUGGAGCAACAUUACAUGUCCCCGUUGUAAAUACCACUCCGAAUGUGCCAUCACAGACACCAAAAAGCUCAUCAGCAAAAUCUGAGAAAGCUGUCACUGCGGUAUCUUCAGAAUCGUUGCAAGCAGCUGCUCCAGAUAAAGAAAAGUCUCCAUCGCCUGCCCCAGAAAGCAAAAUUCAAACUACGACAGGGGAGAAAACAUCUCCAGCACCUGCACCACCUUCACCCAAUAAUCAAACCCCAACAGGAGCUAAGUCAGAGAAAACCACCCCGGUUCCUUCAACAACAUCACUACAAGAACCAGCUGGCAACAAUGAGAUAAAAUCGAAUACUGAAAACACACAGACUCAGCUGACCAUAGAGCAAGAAAAGGGAACAUCUGAUAGUGCGACAUCUUUGUCUCAAAACUCUGGUGAAAAAGGGACAAGUGAGCCACCAAAAAGUGUAGAAACGAAAGAGACAAAUAAUGCAAGUCCAAAAGCACCAACUCCCUCACCGUCACUUCAAGUGCCAAAGGAUCCCACUGCGUCAAAACCACCUUCAGCUAAUGAUAGUAGGAAGAAUCCGUCUCGAGCAUCAUUGACGUUGCAGGUACCCCAGGGUAGCGUUUCACCUACACCCAAGGGAUCAGAAGCUAAAUCACCUGGGGUAGACAAGCAAGGGUCACAGGUUUCCCUGAAAGUCCCCAGUCCAGCUUCUUCUGCCAAACAGAAGCAGGGGUCACAAGUUUCACUCAAAGUACCUAGUCCAACCUCUUCAGUAAAACAGAAGCAAGGGUCUCAGGUUUCUUUGAAAGUCCCCAGUUCUGCUACCUCUGCAAAACAGAGGCAAGGAUCACAAGCUUCACUCAAAGUUCCCAGUCCAGUUUCUUCUGCCAAACAGAAGCAAGGAUCACAAGUUUCACUCAAAGUACCCAGUUCAGCUUUGUCUGCAAAACAGAAACAAGGGUCACAAGCUUCACUCAAAGGUCCCAGUCCAACUUCUUCAAUAAAACAGAAGCAAGGUUCCCAAGUGUCAAUAAAAGUCCCCAGUCAACCGUCGCCAGCAACACAGAAACAAGGCUCUCAAAUGUCCAUCAAAACUACCAGCAAAAGCCCAACCGCUAAAUCCCAGACUGGUGGCACUGAAAGUAAACCAGUGUCGACAAAGUCUACUAGAAGCAUGGCGUCGGAUCAGAAGAACACACCUGUGGCUCAGCCACCGUCUGUUAGCAUCACAAAAGCAGAUCCCAAGGACGAAAAGGAAACAGCUGCUAAGAGACUUAAGUCAGCUACAACUACCAGUGAGUAUGAAGAAGUGGAAGAAGAAGACGACGGAGAAAGUGACGAGGACGAGCCUACUACAAAGCCUCUUGAUGCUAAUAUCAUCUCACAGGUGCAGGUCACCAAGGAGGAGACUUCCGUGACCAAAGCUGAUGUCAUUAAUGCUGAACAAGAACCAAAGCCUCAAGACAGUGGCAACACGAAGGCAGAAGGGCAAGUUACGGAGCAGAAAGUAGAUGGUGAUAUCAAAGCUGUUGCCAACGAAGUGAUAUCAGAAACUUCCAAGGAAACCGAGGUGGCCAAAGCACCACCAGUCGCAAUCCAAAAUACAAAUACUUCACUUGCUGUCCCGCAGCGGGCACAGACUGCAUCCACCGCAGCUAGUAACGGUGAAAGCGAGGAUGAAGAUGAAUCUGAUGAUGAAGACGCAGCAGUAAAAAAAUCGAACCAUCAAGACGAUAGCGCCAUUGACACCCAAAUUAGUGUAAAUAACCAGGAAGAAGAUACAGUCAAUAAUGCAAAAGCUCCAACUCCUACUUCCGCCAAAUCAAAACCAGAGAGCGCUAAGGAUAAAACAAAGGAAGAAAAUCAAACCGCUGUCAAAGCAGCAACACCAGUGGCCGCUGAAAUUAAGCCAGGUGUUAACAAUGACAAGAAUGAAAUCACUGCCACCCCAUCUAAAGCAACGACACCUGCUGUGAUCGAAACAGAAGUGAAAAGUGAAACUCAAAGCGCUGGUCAACCAACCCCACCUGCUGCAACUGAAACAAAAGAGCAAAGUGACAAAAGUGAGGAGAUAAACACAACUAUCCAGAGUGUGGCUAAAACAGCAACACCUGUUGCUACUGAACCCAAGCAAGAUGACAAAAUAACGUCACCAGUGCCCAAUAUAAAAUCAGAGAGCACGUCGGUUGAAAAUAAAGAGGAAAGCCAGACCAGUCAGACAACAGGCCAAGCGGCAACACUUGUUGUAAACGAAAACAAGCCAGAAGCUGACACAAGCGGAAACAAAGAAAACACUGAAAAAGCACCAACACCUGCUUCAACUGAAACGAAGCCAGAGAGUGCCCUUAACAAAGAAGAAACUGUGGAUAAGGACAAAGCAGCAACACCCAUUGUCGAAACAAAACCAGAGAGUAGCACAACGGAAAAAAGAGAGGGAACAGACAAGGCAACAAGCGUGACGACGCCUAUUGUCAAUGAAACAAAGAAAGAUGAAACAGCAAUCUCCAAAACGGAAGAAAGCGCAGUAAAAGCAGCGACACCUACUGAAACAAAGACCGAAGAUUCUACCGUCGUGGUUCAAGAUACAAAGAAUUUAUUAGCAGUGCCUCAGCGUGAGCAGACAGCCUCCAGCGCGGAUGAUGAAAGUGAAGACGAGGACGAAGAUGAUGAAGACGCACCGGCCACAGAGGUACACAAAGAUGGCGAUGCAGUUGUCACUCAAGUCUCCAUUGUUAAAGAUGUUACCUCCAUAAGUAAGGCAGACGACCAGACAGGAAAAACAGAAGACACCUCAAUUAGUAAAGCAGACGGUGACGAUAAACCUCCCACAUUACCAGUGCAGCAAGAUGAUGGUUCUGACGAGGAUGAAGACGAGGAAGAUGAAAGUGAAAGCGACGAUGAUGAUAAAGCAAAUUCAAGUGAAGCUGUGGUCACUGCAGUCUCCUUAAACAAAGAUGAUACCAAUUUGACCAACACGGGUGGAAAUGAAAAACAGGCCGAUGAACACCAAAAUUCUACCGAAGUCGUUGCCAGACAUGCCAGUGCCGCAACAGCGAAAUCCAGCGCCAGGACAAGUAGGUCUGCCCAGCAAACCCCUUCUGAAAUGGAAAUGUCUGUUAACAUAACGAUGUUGCAGAGUGAUAAGUCGUCAGUGGUUGUUCAGGGAGCACCUGGGAAAGAUAACCAAGUUGUCCGAAAGUCGGCGCCUAGGGGAAGAGGAAAGCCGCCACAGGCUACAAGACAGCCCACGCGAGGACUGUCAACCACUCAGAAGACGGAUAUCUCAAAACAAGACUCCAAGCUUUCGCAAUCGUCAAAACCUCCGCUGCCGACACCGGGUUUGAAAAAAGAAAUCAUUAAAGCUGGGACCAAGACGUCAACGUCGCUGAAAAAGGAAGACACAACGCCAAAAACAAAAACUUCAACCACUUUGAAAAAAGAAGAUUCCAAAGCUGUCAGCAAAACUUCAACGUCAUUGAAAAUAGAAGAUACGACUGCAGCUAAAGUCAAAACGUCAACCGAUUUGAAAAAAGAAGAUUCUAAAGCUGCCAGCAAAACUUCAACAUCAAUUAAAAAAGAAGAUACGACUGCGACUAAAGCAAAAACGACAACCUCUCUCAAAAAAGAAAAUACAAACCAGGGCCAGGGAUCAGUAUCCAAAAACAACACAUUAGUCAAGAAGAAUGACACAACUGUGUCAUCUCGGGCACCGACGAAAACAAAUCUGAGCAGACAGCCCACAAAAACUUCCCAAAAACCACCCAUGUCUCGCAAUACAACGUCAAAUAAACUUGCACCAGGUAAAACGGCUACAUCUACAAGCAUGAAAGAGAAGUCGAAACAAGUGACUACAGGACAAAGUGCAACUGUCACUGACGAUGUAAAGGAAAGUGCUGUAAACAAGACAGAAACGACGGAGGAGAUCAAAAAUAAAGAAGUUACUUCGUCUGAGGAACAGUCUAUCGAGGAAAAGGAAGCAUACGUGAAAGGUGAGGAAGAAGCGGCGGAAGUUACAACCCCUGGUGCUGAACAGGAAACUACGUCAUCAGACAAUGGGGGAGAUGUCAAAGGAGAAAAAGAAGCUAAACCUGAAGAAAUAACACUGGGUGCUGAGCAGAAUGCCGAGGUGAAAGGAACGGCGUCUGGUACCGAGACAGGAAGUCCUGAUGCUGUUAAAACAGAGGCAAGUCAGCAAGAUACCAACAAAACAGAGCAGAAAGUAGAUGAUAAGGAAAAAAUCCCUGACCAUGCCGAGAACACAGAGGUAAAAACAGAAGAAAAUGCAAAAGAAGGUUUAGAGGAAAAUAAGGUGAACGAAUCCAAAGAAGAAACAGAGGAUACAGCGAAGAAUGAAUCAGAAGAAAAUAAAGACGCAACAGCUGAUAAGUCCGUUGCAAAAACUGAUGCAACAGAAAAGGCAAACGAAGAAGAAUCGGAGAGUGAGAGUGAUUCGAAGGACUCUGAUGAUGAAGAAAGCGAGGAUGACGAGGAUGAUAAAGAAGGACCCGUUAUACCACAGCCUGGACAGAAACCAGACGACCAGGAACAUGCAAGUACCCAGAAACAGGUGACUUUUACAGAAGCAGCUUUAGCUGACAAGGCAGCACCAGGAGCGACCAACGCUUCAGUUACAGUUGCAUCAACACAAAAGGAACCCCUAAAAAGAGCUGGAACCAAAGAAGCGUCAAUUCUUGCUAAAAUGGAGACGACUAAGUCUAAGAGCACAUUGCGUAGGGAGAAGGUGGCUGAGCAAAAGAAACAAACACUGGCUGCGACAAACACUAAAAGAAAACCUGUUGCCCCAGUUACAAAUCAACGCACUAAAGUAUCUUUGUCUAACCGUGACAAGACAUACGUCAAGAGAGAAGAUACAAAGGCAUCAGUUGCUCCAAGAAAAGAGUCAACAUUUCAAGUUAAGCCAUCUAAAACAUUCGACAAAACGGAGACGGGUUCGAAAAAGACUCCUUCCUAUCUUAACCCAACAAAGGGGUCCAACGCAAAAAUAAAAGUAGCAAAGGAAAACACGAAAGUCCAAGGAAAGAAGGAAAAAACGACGGUGGUUGUUAAACCUGCAGCUGUCCAGAAUAAGGCAGACGAAUCUGGCCAAAAGGAGGAAGAACCAGCUAGUACUGAAAAGGAUAUCGAAGUUAAAGCUCCAAAAAGUGACGAUGUAGCAGAUGACGAAAAAGAAAAAGACAAUACUAGAAAAGCAAGUGCAUCAACGAAGACAACAGCUGACACUAAAGGAAGUGAAAGUGACUCUGAAGAAAACAGUGGGUCAUCGUCGGAAGGUGAAGAUGAUGAUGAUGAUGAUGAUGAGGAUGCAGAUAGCGACAGUGAUCAGUCAAAAACUGCAAAGAAUGGAGAAACGGUGAAGGCCACAGACCAGACGGAAAAGAAAGAAACGGUUUCGACAGAGGCCACCCAAAGUAGAGAAACCACUGGCGUCACUGAGAAAGCUGACGAAAAAGAUAAUAAUGACAACGAAGAAGGGGAUGAUGCCAGCACUACCACAGCAGCAUCGAAAACAGCUGAAAAGCAAAAGACUGCAGACGAUGAUGGGGAAGAAAGCUCUGAUUCAGAAGACGACGAGUCAGACUCUGGUGAGGCUGCUGAGGCCGAAUCCAAAGUCAGCAGUGCAAAAUCUGAGCCGCCAAAACGCAAAGAAGUAUCGUCGCCUACACAGAAAAUCAUUAACACUAGUGACGAAGGAAGUAGUGGGGAAAGUGAAGAUGAAGAGGAUGUGAAUAAAGAGGAGAUUUCCGCCACUGAAAAGUCAGACAGCGACAACAAGCAAGAAGAAGGUACGAAAAAGGAGGAUGAAAUCAAGGAAACUGACAACAAAGAAAACGAAAGCAGCGGGGAAAGUGAAGAAAGUGGAGAAAGCGAAAGUGAAAGUGAAAGUGAAGGUGAAGGUGACUCUGAUGAAAAUCAAGAGAAAGCAAAUGUUCCAGCCGCCCAAGGCUCGAUAGUUAUUGAACAGCUUUACGAGGAGAAAACUGAGAAAGAAGGUAUAGCAGAACCUAAGCAGGAGAAAACGAAACCACAACAGAAAGCCAACAAAACAGGAGUGGUGAAAAACCAACCAGGUCCAAGACAAGGGCGAAUGGAAUCGGUUACCAACUAUUUUAGAGACCCCAAAAAGAAGACAAAAUCAGACAUUAAAGGAAACAACUUGGGGGCGAAGAAAACUCCCUUGGUAAAUACCAACAGAAGCAACGUCCUGUCUCUCAUCAAAAAGAAACCGCCUCACCGCAAAACAGACAAAACAUCCGUGAAGCCAGCUGAAGAAGGAGAGGCAGAAGAACAACAGAAGAAAGAAGCACAGCCUCCAGUUGUGGAAGAACCCCCUAUUGUUGACCCUAUAUUUUCCGCUAAUAAAUACAGGAAAAAGCAAUACGCCAAGAGUUUUGUUUAUGAGCUUGGACCCAAAUAUAAUGGUCCUUUUAUCACUCCACUGCCCACCUUAUUCCAACAGGCGGGCAUGGAUAAUGCCAGGGAGCCCACUCCUGUAGACAGUGAGAUGGAUAAUAUAAACGAGGUCCAAGAAGCUAACAGUGAUGUGGCCGAGAUCAAGGAUACAGCUGGCGAUGCACUCGAUAACAGCGGUCAAGGAAAUCAGCCAGAGAAUAAAGGAAAUGAAUCGGAUCCAAAAGAGCAAAAGGAAGAGGACAAAACCGAGGUUAAAACCGACACGAAGGAAGCAGAAAGUGAAAGCGAAAGUGACAGCGAAAGCGAAAGUGAUAGCGAGGAUGAGGAGCCUGUAACAGCUAGAGAGGUCACCACUGAGAAACCAAAAAGUGAAAAAGAUGACAGUGACAGUGGAAGUGAAACUGAAAGUGAAAGUGAAGAUGAGGACGACUCAACAGAAGACAAAGCAAAGACGGAAAAGGAAAAGGCAGACGCCGAAAGCGCCGAACCAACAAAGGAUGAACAGAAGAACGAUGAGAAGACAACAGAACCGGGAAAGCCACCGGACGGAGACCAACCAGGGGAUGGGGACAAACAAGGAACAUUCGUUGUUCCCCCAAAAGAGGACACGCCUACAGAGGCCAAACCCCCAGAAGAGGGCGAAAAAACUGGUGAUGACGCCAAAGCCACCAAAGCUGAAGAUGACGCCACAGCCACCAAAACUGCUGAUGACGCUACAGCCACUAAAGCUGGUGAUGACGUCACGGCCACCGCCUCUUCUGAUCAACAGCCAGCCGAUGGUGCCAAGGAAGGGAACGAAACUAAGACUGAAGAAGCCUCGGCAAAAGCCGACGAUGACGAGAGCGGCAGUGACUCGGGGUCUGAUGACGAUAGUGGGAGUGACACGGAGACAGAGGAGACGGUCAAAAAAUCUGGCCCCGAGGGUGCACCGGACACGGUGAAAGCCGCCCCUAAGGCCGCUGCCAAUGACGAAGAAGACAGCGGCUCCGAAUCCGACACAGAAACGGACAGUGGCGAGGGUUCGGACACAGAGACCGAGGAACAACCGUCAGAAAAGAAACAUAUAGCCGCUGGGGCAGGCUUUAAUGCUGUCCCGAGGAAACCAAAGCAGCAAGAUGAUAAGUGGGUGACGUCAUCCAUCAGGGCAUCGUCGGCGGACAGCGGGUCCUCGGCGGACAGCGGUUCGGUAGUUUCCGGCAGCGACGACAGCGAGUCCGUGGCCAGCAGCUCCGAGAGCGUUCUGUCUGCAAGGAGUAAACGCAGGCAAGACUUUGCCCUUCGGAGGGCCAGUAAGUUACGGAGCAGUAGCCAGGCCAGACGGGAAGGGUUGCCACUCUCCGCUGAUAGUGUUCUGUCCCAAAGGAAAAAGGAAGCUGUUGGCAAGCGUCCCUCGUCGGCUGAAAGUCAGCUUAAUAAGCACACAGUACUCCCUCCCAUAGCCCCCAACCCUUAUAGAAGUAUAUUGAGACAGGGACAGAGGAAGAUCGCAUUUGAAGAGAACCCCAGGGUCAAAUUCUCCGACGGUCGUAUAAAGCUUCCAUUCCAACCUCUGAACGUACCGUCCAAAAUGCUCAGCUCGUGGGACAGCACCUACGGCAGACGAGAGGCGAAAAAGCGGGAACACUCCUCUCAAGUCGCUCAAGUUUCGACGAAAAACAACUUCAGCACCGUUCCGCUGAACAAAAUCAAGAAAGAUUUGAAAAGUUUCCCUUCGUUGCGGAUAGCGAACGCUUAUGCCAUUAUCAGAAAGCGGGCGAAAAUGGGCCCGUUGAGGUUUGGACGCCCUGGACGUUUUCAGUACAAUGUCGACCCCCUACCACCCAUUGGAGACGACGAGAGUCAAGAUGGAAGCACGCUUAUGUAA